CCUUAAACUUCGCGUUGGCGGAAGAUGGCCGUCGCGUGCCGAGUGUUGCUCCGAUUGUUUAUUACGAUUUUUUAAGUUUUUAUAUUACGAAUACUUUCAAUUGACCCUAGAAUAAGUGAAAAAGUUGUAUAAUUGACCUUAUAAGUGUUAUUUAAAGUGGUUUUACAGUGUUUUAUGAUAAAUUUCUGUUAAAAAGUGCGGCAUCAGUAGUGUGAGUGAAGCAACUAGUUUUGAGCCAGUGUUUUUAGGAAUGUUGUGAAUCCAAGUGGAUUGUGUCUAUAUUAUUGGAGUUUGGACUUGUUACAGCCGCAUUUAGCCCUAAAGAUGUCUCGAAACAUGUAGCAGAAUCCAAUCCACCGAUGGGAUCAAUGCGCUUCGAGAUGGGCAAACACGAUUCCAGCUGGCGCAGAGUACAGGGGUUCAGUUCCAGUGUAGUGCGGUGUUUAGUUAUAGUGACAGUGUUUGGGCAGUGUGCCGGUGGGAAGCCCAUUAGUGAAACGUUGCAGAGGGCGCUGUCGGCGGUUAGGGGACCCAGCCCUGGUGCGAAGAAGCUGCUUAAUAUUCCUGAGGAUGGAGCUGAUCCGUUGCCAGGCAAGCACGUACCGCUAGAGAGCUAUGAGAGUGAAUUGGAGAGGGAGCACGCGUUGCCGACGUCCGUCCCCAACGCCGACAUACUCAAGACUAAUAGCAAUCCAACGUACCAUAAGCCGAGGCCACCACAACACCACGGCGCGGCUCUGCUUGCCGGGGUGGGGGGAGGGGGUGCCGUCCCCUCGUACGCACCCCCUGGCCGAGCUUUCUUCACUCCCCCUCUGCCGCCUGAGUACAGAAACCCCUUCGCUGACAAGCCAACACUUCGAGGCACAAACACAGAUGGAAACAACUAUCUCAAUAGGCGGCCCAUCCCCCCUCCGUCGUUGGGGCCGGGACAUGACAGGAUACCCAUCAGACCUCCUGGACAGGAAACUUCAUCGCCCCAGGUGCCAGCGCCGCCACCAGCACCGCCACUGCCACCGGCGGGAAUCGAACCCCAGAAGAAGAAGCCUCUUAAUACGCCUAGCCAUAAGCCGGACGAACUAGACAGCGACAUAAAACAACCGGGAACUGACCAAGCGAACUUCACAGACUUCGUGCCGAACUCCCUAAACAUCCCGACCAUAUCAAGAAUACUCUCAGGAUCCAAUGGACGCAAGGAAGACAUACCCGACGUCCUUCUACGCACCGUCACCGCAAAACCCCAACAUAACCAAGAAAAGACCUCCAAGAGUGACAUCUACGUCACCAAGGAGGUCGGAGUCACCUUAAGUGACUCCAGUAGGGAUUCCUCAACAGAAGGAUCCGUUUUAGCAGUCCUAGACCCAGAAAUGAACAAUCUAGAUAGACCUUUAAUUGUAGACCAAAAUGGAGAGACCAAUACGAGAAGGAAUCUCCAAUAUGCUACCAAUAAACAGACAGAUAGGAAUGAGAGUAGAAAAGACGAGUAUACCCCAGCCACUACUAUAGGUUUUGAGCUCAAAGACCCUGAAAUGUCUACUGAAAGGUAUCAUAAUCUAGCGAAUGUAAAUUCUGAUAAAAAGAUCUUGAAACAAGAUUCAAAGAACUCAGGACCAGUUCAAAGGACGGGUGCUGCCUGGCCGUUCGCGUGGAACCUCCACAUCUACCUCGCGACAGUCAUGUUCACCAUCCUAGCAGUCUACUCCAUCUUCAAAAUAGUCUGCUACAACAAAUACACCCAUUUGUUCACUCAGUACUACUUCAUCAUCCUUCAUUUGAUCCUGGUCCUCGUCUGUCUUCUAAGAAUCUUCUACAUGUGCUACGAUCCGUACAACAUAAACAAUUCCCUCCCUAAAUUCAUAAGUGAAAUCCUCCUCCACAUCCCAGAAAUAUUCCUUAGCAUAGCAUUCGCUUGUAUCAUACUCUUCCUCCUAACAAAUAGCAUUAAUUUUAAGAAUACCUGCUGUUCAUUCCUCCUUCGUCCUAGAAUUAUUAUAAUAGGCGGCAGUUUGCACAUACUGUCCUGUUUAAUGUUGCAUAUCUUUGAGAGUAAUAAUACAAUUAAUAGAAGUACGCACGGCGGCGAAAAGAGGGUAUUAGGUCUUACUUGUCAAAUAAUAUUUAUAAUAGCAUGCCUUACUCUAGGUCUUUGCUACCUAUAUGUAUAUAAAAUGCUCAAAACUGUACUUCAGAAAAAGAGUCACACUUAUAUUAAUGGUUUCCAAAAUCUGCAACAUGCUAUCCAGAUAAAAUUGGCGACGGCAUUGCUAUUUAUUCUGAUGGCUGGUCUGCAGAUCUUUGGCAUCUUCGGUAUAAACCAACAUAAUAUGACCAAGUUCGACUGGCUUCAAUGGGGCUACCAGUUCUCUCUGAGGCUUCUAGAAGUCAGUAUAGUUGCUCUUAUCUCCUGGGUCAUAAGUCUGAAAGUUGGAAUAGCUCUUCAACACGAAAAGGCCGAUGGUCACAAAAUAUCUGGCCUCGGUCUUUUCGCUUGUGGAGCUGGUUCCAGCAACGAACAGUUCGAAUCAGACUACCCAGCGAUAUGCAACACGAACACCAAUCUUCAUACGUACACGAUGAGGACUGGUAAGCCUAUAUACGAGACGACUGGCCACCACCCAGCCAUGCAAGACCCUUGCUGCGGGCCAGUGUUGGACCACCAGAGGUUCCAACUAAACACUCUCACUGGUAACUGCGACAAUAAUUCUGGAACUGAGAACUAUUCUGGACACAGUUCCAUAGCGAACGCAGGCCACAGUAGUUCCACGGAGUCCAGUAACGCGACUUCCAGUCAGGGUGUUACAAACCACUUGAUUAAACACCAUCCCAACAUGGCAGGGUACAAUGGCAUUGAGUCUGCCUCAGAUGACCAUUACUCGAACUGCGAUCCUGCCAUACAGUCCCUUCAAGGCGACGAUCCCUUAGACCAUGAGUACAAUGUCAUCCAAUACGGAAGCAACAGUGACUUCAUCAGGGAUAUCAAGAACCAAAACUACAACGCUGGUUCCAAUCGCAGUUCACACAACUUCAAACACAUGUCCUAUGACAGGGUGUCUUCAAGGACCAAUAGUAAUCCUCGAAAAAAGCAUCGAGCGAAGAACAAAAAUGUCCAGAAUUGUAUGACGAUGGGAUACGACUCCUCGAUCGGACACCACUACCACCAGCCACAUUCGCCCGAUGAAUAUGGUAACUAUAAUGCGGAAAACGCUUCUUACCACGCUUCUGGCAUCCAGACUUUAAACCCCAAUAGGAGUUAUAGCAACGACCCUUGCCAACAGAUCAGAAGCUCACAGCGUAGAAAUUCGCCGUCGACUUCAAUGGUGAACUCCAGCGGGAGUCAGAAGCGUGGUAAAGGCAAUGGGUUUCCAGAUAGGCCAAAGUCUACGGACUUGUACGGGUUCUCAGAGGACCCUAAUGAGAGGGGAUAUCCUUGCGCGUUAGGAGGGACCCCUCAACCAGCUCCUAGGAACUGCAGUUACGAGGCCUCGUACUCCCAACCGCAGGAUGAAAUCCCAGCGGAGGCCGAGGGGAACAGUAUGCUAGUUGCUCAAGACGGGUUCCUCAGGAUCCGCUCCAUGAAGGACUCGUCUCCGAACCCUCAGCCUUCGCAUACCUGAUUUACCAUAAAUCUGUCGUAUACGACAGAACUCAGUUUUUGAUAAAAUAUUUUCUGUCUGGCUGUGCUAUCAAGUUUGUAUUGAUAUUCUCCAGUCAGUGUACACUUAGAUAUGAUGCAUUGAUGAUGCGCUCAUCUAAAUAUGAUGACAAUCCUCAGUGCGGAAGAAUAAAUGAUAAAAUAUGCCUUAAAAGAGGCGAAAUAAAGCAUUUUAAAGCUAUUUUAUUUAAGUAACUUAAUUAUACUUACAACUGUACAGUUCAUACUGAUUUCUUUUUAAUUUCUUGACUUAAUUACGGCCUCUAAGCGAAGAGUAUUACGUAAAGAUACGUAUGAUUAAGAAAUUCAUUUUUACGCCAUGUCCCAUUUGACGUCGAUACAAAAUUAUGUAAAAUUGUAAAUGUUAGAUAUAAAACGACCUAAUUUAAGUAUAAUAUUCGUAACGGCCUUUUGUAAAUAGCUUAUUUUUUAGUUUAUACGUUCUCUGUACAAUAUAUCUUAUGACAUUUUCAUUUGAAACAAGCCUGGCUAUCUUUUAGAAACGAAAACAUGUCUCAUUUAGCAGGGUUUUAGCCAAAAUCUGCGUUUUUUCGGUUUGCAAAUCAAAAUUCUAAUAUGAUUUCUCACUUAGAUUGUAAGACACACAUAAUUACAAUAUCCUAAUCAGUUUGUUUAGUAAUAAAUAAAGAUUUUAAUGUAUGUGAUAUCAAUAUAAAACAUUUUAUUUGAAACAAUCUGUCCAUAUUUAAUGUUAAGAUAUUAUCAAAAUAAUUCUAAGUAUUAAGUGUUUACAACAUUUUAAUAAAUGCUGGUCACACUUUAUUCGUUUAGAGAAAAUUUUAAUAGUAUCACGGAGAAAUUACUAGAAUAUACAGUUUUCGAGGUUGCUCGAUCAGUUUCAAGCACCAUGAUUGUAAACCCCAAUCAUGGCUUGAAUCUAGUUGAGAAUCCUUCAAAAAUGGCGUCAGUGCGGCUUAUGUUCUAUUGAAUUAAAUGUGGUGUUAUUAAAAUUAUCCCUAAUAUCUAUAUGUAACUGAGUUAACAACAUAUACGUAUAUAUUUCUGUGACUAUUUAAAAACAUAUUUAUGUCAGUUGAUUUUCUGAUUUAAAUGUUAUAAAUUAUGUCUUCAUCAUAUCCAUUAAAAUAUAUCAAGCACUAUUAGAAUGAUUGAUUCAUAUUAUUUGGCUAUUUACUUGUAAGAACAUGUUGAAAUCUAAAUGUUCUAAAUGUUACCAUAUUAUUAGAUAUUUACGAAAAUAAUGAUAAUAUGGUAUUUGGUAAUUAACAAUACUCUACAGUUUUGACUAGUCAACAAAAGGAACAUGGAAGGGGGAAGUUAGACAGUAAAAUAUAAAAAAUAACGUUAUGUCCUUCCUGAAGUACAUUUCAUUAUCAUCUUAAUAUUAGUCGAAAGACGACCACUGUUAAAGGACAUUAAAGUAAAUGCCUUUAUAAAGGACAUUAAAGUAAAUGCCUUUUUAAAGGACACUAAAAUAUUAUAUUUUACUGUGAAAUUUUUCUUACUAUAGCUAAAACACCUGCCAUUUUAUAAAUAUAGGGAACUCAUUUUUGUAUCUGUUAUCACAAUAAAAUCAUAAAAAAUGUCUAUAUACAUAUUAUAUAGAUGUGUUGAAAUUGUACAACAUAAAAUAAUGUUGAUUAAUUAUCUGGUAAUUGAGACAGUAAUAUUGAAAAAAUAUUAAUAAUUUUCAUUUUUAAGCGAGGCAACUAUUUUGACAUUACAGUUUUUUAAUAUUACUGUCUUGCCACUAAUAAUAAAUAGUUAAAAAUAAUGAAUGUUGCCACUACAAUAGAUAGAUAAAAAUAAAUGUAUAAAUUAGACAGAAACAAAAAUAAUUAAAGAAUAUUUAUUGAUAAAAUAAAUAAAAAAGGUACCAUCAUAACUUGGAAUAAUGUUAUUUUGAAAAAUGGAAAUGAAUGAAUGAUAAUGUUGCAUUAGUAAAAAAUGCUCAUUUAAUUAAUUCCUAUGUAAAUAAAUGUAAUGUUUAAGAACUAUGGUCUAUAGCCGUGACCAUACACGCCACUUUUUUAAUUUUAUUUUUUUACUUGUAAGUGUAUAUAUUUUGGGUACCUUGGUACUUCAAUGGAAAUAACAUUCAAUUCGUUGUAAAUUAUAGCGUUUUUUUUAUAUUCCCAAGACUGUACGUAUUAAUCAUCUAAUAUGUAAAAAUAAAUUCGAAAAACGGUAUUGAA